GUGCGUCUGCCUUAUCUCUGCUCCCGCUUCCGGUGUGUUUAGGAAUAAUGGAGACGCUGGCAGUUUAAGACGAAGGGAGACUGAGGCGAACCGGAGAAAAUAUAAACAAGUUCUCACGUUUUUAUAAAAAUAAGGGCGACAGAUUGAAACAGAGGCAGGAAUAACCCUUUUGACGAUGGAGAACUCGGACAGCGCAGAUCAAGGAGGCAGCGAGCAGUCUGAAGCACAGCGCCAGAGACAGCUGGAUAGGCUGGAUCGAGAGGAGGCUUUCUACCACUUCGUGAACAACCUGAGCGAGGAAGACUACCGGCUCAUGAGAGACAACAACAUGCUUGGCACUCCUGGUGAAAUUACUGAAGAAGAGUUACUGGGUCGCCUACAGCAAAUUAAGGAUAGACCAGAGCAACAGAACAGUGGUGAAAGCAGAAAUGAAGAAAAUAGGGAAGAUGGUCCUGAAGCCACAGAAGAUGGCUCUAAUGGAGACUCCAUUCUAGACUGGUUGAACUCUGUGAGACAAACUGGAAACACUACGAGAAGUGGCCACAGAGGGAACCAGUCGUGGAGGGCAGUGAGCCAAACUAACCCAAACAGUGGAGACUUUAGAUUCAGCUUGGAAAUCAACAUCAACCGGAAUUUAGCAGAGCAACAGGCCAGGGUCGAGGGGGAGCAGCUGGUGAGGGAAGAUGGUGAACAGCCUGAGACGAUGGAGGGGGAGCUGCCCAUGGACAUCACUCCGGAGCCAGAGGCGCUUACUACUGUCAGGGGGCCGGAGCCCGAACUGGUGCCAGAGCCCGAACUGGAGCCUGAGCCUCCCAGGCCUGAGACUCCUCCAGCAGUUUUACCUCCACAGCCCCAGAGUCCCGAAGUUGAGGAGCCCACUCGGAGGGGACAACGAAGGGCCAGGAGUCGAAGCCCGGAAUUGAGGAUAACUAGAGCUCGAAACGAGAGGAGCCGCUCGCCGUUGAACCUUGGAGGGGAGGUUCUGCGGCGGGCUCGCCGCAGCACACCAUUGCAAAUGCCACCUUCCCCAGUUGAACCUCAAAUUGAAGGAAGCUCCAGAACUAGACAACAUGUGUUAUCAAGGCAAAGCACUGUGGAAUACGAUGUUCAGAUGGAGAAUGCAGCUGCAGGAGCAGACACAGACUCUGCUCCUGUUCCUAUUCCUAUUCCUGUUCCUGCUUCUGCUCCAGUAGAAUUUGUAGAAGCCUCUCGAGAACCGGAGAACCCCUCUGAGACUGCUUCUAGCAGCGAGGCCAGUGCGGCCGGGAGGAGACCCCCCACCAUCAUGCUGGACCUUCAGGUGCGGAGAGUUCGUCCUGGAGAGUACCGCCAGAGGGACAGUAUAGCCAGCCGCACCAGGUCCCGCUCGCAGACACCCAACAACACCUACUCAUACGAGAGCGAGCGAGGGGGAUUCCGGCGCACUUUCUCCCAUUCUGAGAGGGCCGGCGUCCGGACUUAUGUCAGUACCAUCCGUAUUCCGAUCCGCAGAAUAUCGGAUGCAGGGCUUAGUGAGGCAACAUCCAUGGCCCUGCAGACUAUGAUCAGGCAGAUAAUGACUGGCUUUGGAGAGCUGAGCUAUUUUAUGGAUAGUGAUAGCGACUCGGACUCCAACAGAGGCCAAAACCCUGUGUUGGAGCCCCCGGAGUCACAAAUCCCCAGCAACAGUAGCAACAGCUCAGUCCCAGAGACCCCAGAGCCACAAACUACGGAAGAACACAGGGACACCGCCACUGAAAUCAGCUCACCUACCACGGCCGGAAGGGAGAGCCGUGGAGCCCGGGGUCCCAUCAGUUUAGAGGAGCCCGGGUCAUUGCCAUUCCUCCGAUUGGCACACUUUUUCCUUUUGAAUGACGACGACGAUGACCAACCCAGGGGUCUCACCAAAGAACAAAUCGACAACCUCUCCACCAGGAAUUACGGGGAGAAUGACGCGUUAAAGACUUGCAGUGUGUGCAUAAUGGAAUACAUAGAAGGAAACAAGCUGCGCAAGCUUCCCUGCUCCCAUGAGUAUCAUGUCCACUGCAUUGACCGCUGGCUGUCAGAAAACUCAACGUGUCCCAUCUGUCGCAGGGCAGUCUUGGUCUCAAGCAACCGAGAGAGUGUGGUGUAAUAAAGGACCACAUGUUAGAUUAUUUUUCUUAUUUUAUGUUUGUGCAAUAGUUAGAUGUAGUGAAAAAUAAAAUAAAAAACAAAAGAAGAAAAACCUGUACAUUUGUUCUUAAACGGUAGUGGCGGGAGUUCCCAUCUGCAUAAACAAAUGUAUUCCCUUUUAAUUGUUAAUAGAAAAAAAAACAAAAACAUGUAAAGCUUUUUCUAGCGUUUCUGUAAGUUUUCAAUGCACUGUAUUAUUAUUAUUGUUAUUAUUGUUAUUAUACUAUGGAUUGAAACAUUUACCAUGCUUGGAAAUAUGUGAGGGUGGGGCGUUGGCGAAGGUAACUUAUCUGCCCUAGUCCUUUCACUUUCACCCUAAUUAGAUUGCAGUGGCCUAACUUAUUUGCCUUCAGAUGUAAAGAUAUACCUAGCUUUUUUUUUUUUUUAAACUUACAUUCCUGGUAUUGGGAGCACAAGAAGACCCUAUUUUCUUGAAUGUCAGGAGUAAACAACUUCAUGUAAUGGAAUAUAUGGUUUAUUCCAUGUUCUAUGAAUAUAGGAUUAAUUAGGAGUUGUUUUGUCAAUUUUAUUGCACACUGUUAACAGGUGUGCUGUAACCAUUCUAACAGGUAGUUUAAUCUGGCAAGCAAAUGCCUCAGUCUACCCUUAAUAUGUUUCAUAUCAUUUAGUAAAAAAAAAAAGUAAAUUGGUCAAAAUGCACCUAUAAGGCUUAAAACACAUGGUAGCCCUGCGCCCAGUACUUGUUUUAAUAAACAUUAUGUAAAUAAUUAGGAGUUUGAAGUUAAUAAAUUGUUCCUCUCUUAUAGCUGCACGAACAAGCCUUAUUAGUAAACCUGCAGUUGACUAUGCGGUGAUGGAUGUGGUCAAUUCAGAGCAGAUUUACCAAGGGCCUGAUUGUACAAACUCCUGGAACCUGCUCCUUUAACAACAUGCCUAAAGGGGGGGUGUUUUAAAACCCAGGACUGUGUGCAGUGCUAGUGUUAGUUUCAAGCCCUUCGCCUAGAUGCUUUGAUUUUUAAAGAGCUGUGUAAUACUUUUUUUCCCCAUUCACACCAUAUUUUGUUUAAACAUUUGUCAGCAUUUGUGCUGAAGUGAAUUUCUUUCACUGAGUUGUAAAAUACAUUUGUAUAUGUUGCAAAUAACCAGACUGUUUUACCCUUUGGAAAGGUGGUUUCUUUGCAUGGUAAAUAGUGUGUUAUUCAGAGAAUUUGUCCUGUUUUAUAUAUUAAAACAUAAAACAAAAAAUUGUAUUGAACAUGUUUUGUACAAGUAGUAGUGACAGAUUUGGGGAAUCUUAAUAUGAAGUAGUUUGUAUAAAAAUCCACAAGUCUAAUAUGUAGUAACAAUUCGUAAAAGUGUUGGAUUGAACAACAUUUAAAUCAGAAAUAUUUGGCUAUCCCCAUUCAUAUUUAAUUACAUUCAAACUACCUUUGCCUUGCCCCAUUAGUAAUUUUAAGGACAUUUAGGUUGGUUCUUUUUCUUUUAUGCAUGCAUCACAAUACUAUGUCCAUCAUAUUCGGGGCUCUGCUUGCAGCCACAAUUUAAUUAAAAAAAAAAAAAAUUUAUAUAACUUAGAUGCCCGAAGUCCAAAAACAAAUUCAGUAAUUAGGCACUGUUAAAACAGCUUGGGAGUGAGUUCCUCAUAUCGAUAUAAUCAUCACAAGUCAAAACUUUGCAGCUAUCUUUUUUAAUUUAUUUUUUAAAAAUACUUUUCUAACUUCUGUUAUUACUACUGUGUUUCAUUCCCGUACCAGAAUGUCAGUUUUAUAUUUUCAGUCAAUUUUCUGAUUAGUGACCUAGUACUUCAAGCAGGAUUGAUUGCAUUUGGCAAAAGUUAGGAGAACAUACUCCAGAUAGCAAUUAUUUUUCCUUUUCUGUUUAUUACACGUACAUUGUUUAAACAUUGAGUAAGAGUUCCAAAAGUUUUGACAGUACUUUUUUGAAAACCGUCUUUACUCCUAUUGUGCUAUCCUGUUUUAAUGUGAUUUCAGUGGUACUGUUAUAUGUAACAUCUUUAAGAACGUUUUGCCUUAAGUGAAUCAUCAUCCAAAUGUCUUUACUUUUUUUCCCCCAUCUAAUAUUUGUGCUUGGGGUUCUGAAAAUGAUACACAAUUGCCUUGUGCUCCAACAAUAACUGUGCUGGUUGUGGGAAAUAGUAAUAGAAUGCUGUUUUCACAGUCUGGUGGUAUAGCCAAAAUAUGGCUUGUUCAGGUUUUACUUGGUAAGACACUUGAUUUUAUAUAUCGUCUCUGAACAAGAGAAUACGUAUUUCUGUUGCAUUUUGAAGGGUACAAGAGGGCACCAGGGGUACCUUAACUUGCCUUUAACCUCCAGAUGCGACAUGUGUUUCUUCUGGGCUUGUCACCACAACUGCAAUUGCAAAAUAACGUAUGUUUAAAUAUCCACCAAAUGCAGUUUUAUUUUAAACUGAAAAAUAUAACCAAGCGCACAAAAGGAAUUAGUUUACUGUGAAGACACAAUGUUCUUUUACAUUUAUUAAAUGCUGUGUUAUUCGCUAUGUGGGUUUCAAAUUCUUGGUUAUAAGAGUCUCCGAUCUAUCGGUAAUGUUUUAUAAUAACUAUAAAUUUUAAAAAAUUAUUUUACAGCCAAGAAUUUGAAGCGAACAUAUAGCUGAAUUUAAGGUUAAAAACAAUAACCUUUUAGUCAUUUUUAACUUUGAAGAUUUUGUGAAAAGAUAUACCAUGAAAGUGAAAGUUAAUUCAAAUAGUUCCAGUUGAACUACUUAUUUUAUUAGACUUGGUAGUUUGAUCAUGAAUUGAUCAUUUACGUUUAUAGCUGUGCAUCAUUAUUGGUGCAUGUAGAAGUUUUAAAUGUAGAAUUAAACAGUGUUAAUGUUUUUAAAAACCCCUUGGAAUAUUGUCUCCCAUUAGGAGACUUAUUGGUAGCUUUUCCCUU